CAGGUCGUCCGCACCGGUGUAUUCGUCUGUGAGCUUUCGAAGGGGAUUCACGCGGUACCCCGGCAAUUUUCGUCGUCGCAGCAAGCCAGCCUGCCUCAGGACCCUUUGCCCUUUAGUAAAGUAUACAGUAAAGAGAAAAGAAAUCCGUCGCGAGUUUGGGGUAAAAUGUGAAAUAGAAAGGUUAGAGGGAUCGCAGGGCCCGUUUCUCUUUUUCGUGGGUGUAGAUUUUUCUCCACCGUUUGACGUAUCGCGGUAUAUAAUCAGUGUAUGUGAAUAUCGUAAGUUGCCAAAAAGUUUGCCCAAAUUAUACGACCGAUAAGUGCAGUUCGUGCAGAGUAUCGUGAUGGUUUGGAGGGGGUGAAUUUUUCAACCUAUAACCGCUCGUUCGUUUCGGGUUUUUCUACGAGAAGCGGCGAGCUUGAAACACCAAGUCAGGAUGUACACGGUGGGCUUGCACUCGGCGCUGGCGAUCAAGCGUCAGCGCAAGCGUCGGGACGAGCAGCGUCGCGCCCGCGAGCGCCGUUACAGCGCCCAGAGCGGCGAGAGCGGUUUGACGUCACCGAGAGCAUCGACCGGCUCGCUGGACCACCACCCCCGUCACCACCACGCGGCCCAGGUUCACCGAGCCGCGGGGGAGGGGGUGCUCGACUCGAAGGUGGUGACGUCCGUGGGCAUGCUCCACAUCGGUGUCGUCUUCCUGGUCCUCGGGGCCUUCCUCUUGGCCAGCGGCCUACUGCCGGGCGACAUGGCCAGCUGGAGUUCGAAAUCGAGCGGCGGUUGGUGGAACGAGCUAGUGGCGACGGGGAUAUUCGCCUCGGUGAUGGGCAUCUUCCUGAUCGUAUUGAACAAGGUGAUAGCGAAGAAGGAGGAGGACGACCUGGAGGAGUACGUCCAGCGGCAGCUGACAAGGUCGAGGUCCGGACACCGUUUGGAACGCGACGUCGAGACCGGCGGCCUUACCACUCGACACGCGAGGCGCGCCAAGCAGCUCAAGGCCGUCGUCUCCUCCGGCACCCUCUCCGUCGACGAGACGGAGCCCAACGUCGACGGAUCGCCUCCGCGAAGCCCACCACCCGCGUACUCGCCGCCACCGGCAUCCGCGGCCGAUCCUCAACCGCAACCGGCGCAUCUUCUCGAGCAGAUAACCGAGGAGGAUGGAAACAACGACAGGAUCGAGACGUCGACGACCCCCAGCCUCAGUCCGGGCUCGCCGUGCGAUACCAGAGAGCUCAUACACCCUGACGCUACGUUCUGCAACCUCAAUGGAAACCAUCCUCAGGCUCACAGGCCGCUUUACGUUCACGUCUCAAGGAUCUGAAUUGAUCGGAUUUUGCGAUUGUUGUAAGGGGGGGGGGUGCUUGCAGGUACCCGUUAUCGGGGAUGGUUUUAUGCGGCAGUUUUUUUGUUUUUGUUCUUCUUUUUUUUUCUACUUCAUACAUACCUCGUCGAUAUCAAUGCCUGUACUAACUACGUCGAACACUUGUCGAGUAUCCCGUGUGUUUAUCAUUGUUGGUUAUACCUACUUACUGCAGCCGUUUUCGUAUUGGGUAUAUAUUUCUUUUUAGAGGCUGCAGUUGAGACUUUUUUGGUCGCGUGAAAAACUGGGGUCGGGAUCGGUUUGAAAGGUUUUAGAAAGCUCGUUGGGCGUGAUGAAUAACCGUUUGAAUAAUCUACAACAAUGCUGUUUGGGCCAAUGAUGGCGAAUUUGAUCUGAGCAAGUUUGAAUAACGGAAACUGUGAAAUGUAUGAACAGUUUGAGAAUAUAGUGUUUGAAAUUAGAACCUUCAAAAUGAAUCUACUUCAUGGUAGUUUUGAUACGAUUUUAAUCCUUCUGGUCUUGUAUCGCGCGAUUCUCUGAACAAAAAACGUGAAAUUUCACGAUAUGACAUUGUUGCGAGACGGAAUUGUGAACGUUGACGAACAUCCGUGAGAACGUAUUUACACAAAUUUAUUUUCAUCCAUUUUUAUCAACCUUAAAGACGUCUGAAAGAAAAAAAUAUUCAGGUUAUCUCUGAAUAUGUCGAUCUACGGUCACUGAUCCAAUAUCCUUGUACCUAUAACUCUACAGUGAACAAGGUAAGCAGAGAAACAUGAGAACUUGAACAUGAUUCAAAAACACCAGUGUUCAAAUAAUUUUGUAACGUUAUGACUAAUUGCAAAACCUUUUCUCAAUAAUUGACAUCUCAACUUGUGUUAUUCGAAUUUACUCAGAUUCAUUUUAAUUACUUGUGAAUACAUGUCGUUUCACUCGUAUCCGCUAUUCAUUCGUGCAUUCAACGUUGCUCGAAAUAAUUUUUUUUUUGUACGGUUUUUCUCUCUUCGCUUAGCUUCUGAUUCGAACGAUUUGACAGAUUCAUGCUGAAUGCCAUACGAAUGCAUUUCGAAUCAUGGGGAUUCGUUUGAGCUCGGCUGAUUCGAUUCGCUUUUCAAUUCUCCAAGAUCGUAAGUGUAUCGACUCAGUUCGAAAAUGGUCGACCACUUUUUAUUCGGAUUAAAAACCACGCAGCUGCAUCUGCUCCAGCCAAAAAUCGAACCUCUUUAUAUAUGUAUAACAUAAUAACCAUGCACGUAAUAUUAUAGUUUACAUAAAUAGUAGGGAAUAAUAUUGCAAAGUUGUUAAAUGAAUGCGGGAAGCGAUUAUCGCUUCGCUGUUGACGAUUAAUAACGGCAUUGUAAGAUCCGUGGAGCUUUUCGUAUAUAUCGUCCAAUUACAGAGCUUUUAGAUGAUAUAUAUGUCGCUUCGGUCUAAUUGCGAGACGAUACUUUUGCUAUCGCAGAUGAGGAAUACUCAAAGAAAUUAAAAAUCGAAUCAAACUCUCGCCAAAUAUUCGGUAAAAUCAUCGUUGAUUGUAAUUUUCGUCAAUAUUUUUAUAAAUGGUCGAAAUUAUUGAAUAUACGUGUAUAAUUGUAAUAUUAUAAUAACGUGUGAUCUCCAGCCUCGAAAUUCGUUGAAAAAUUUCUACAUAAUUAACUUUGCACGAAUUAUGAUCAAUGUGACAAAACAAAGAAAAAACAAAAAAGAAAAAAAAAAAUGCGUCUUUUAAAAGCGUCAGUUUUUAUUCUAGUCUGCAUGAAUUUUCUCGGUGUUCUUCUUAACUGAGAACAAAAAGAUUCGAUCCAGUCUCAAGUAUGUCGUAAAAUUUUUAUUCAAUCGCAUUCCAAAAAGUCGAAUGAAAAUUCUCCUCGCUAAUUUUACAAACGGAGAAUCUGAGUUACGCAAUUGAUUUUUCACCAGAAAUUAGUAGGUACGACACAAAAGUAAUUUCUUUACAUCCGUUUGCGGACAAACAAACCACUCGAGCAUCAAUUAUUGUUUUUUCUUCUUUUUAUUUGUUGCAUAAAAAUUUGUGUACCAAAUUGCUUUACUUUCGCGGCGGCGAUAUUUCGGUAUUAACAAAGUUCAUCACGAUUGAGUGGAAGUUUAUCAAAAACAGUGAUAAAAAUUUCAUCGGAUGAUUUUACGCUGCGGCGGGGCCCAUGAUCAAAGCGAAGCGUUGUUAUAAUAAUUGGAAAGUAACAUACGAGAUUAACAAUAAAAUAAGAAAUGAAUUAGGGCUAAUCCGCAGCUCCGCAACAUAUAUAUAUAUAUAUAUGUAUGUGUGUGUGUGUCUGUGUGUGCAUACAUAUAAGGACCAAAAUAACCAGAAGAAAUAAAUACGUGAAUGAUUAAUGAAAUUAAUUAUGCGGCGGAAGAAGCGACGAAGAAAAUUAUUAGGCUGAUAUUAAUACUGGAAUUGGAUUUUAUAAUAAAUGUGAAUCACGUGUUGAUAUUGAGAUUUUCAAAUUGUCGCAUAAUUUGUUAGCUGCCAUAGCUUUAAGUAAUUAUUAUAAAGAGAUUGCCAAAAACAGAGACGUAAAAAUAUGCUAAUUAUAAAAGAUACUCACUACAAUAAUUCUAUUAUUGUUAUUAUCAUUUUAUACCCUUGUGCAAAUCUAAGUCAGCUGUAAAAGCUUUAAAACGAUAUCGGAAACAUCGGAAAGUAUAUUCUAUAUAUAUAUUCAUCAUUAUUAUUAUUGUUAUACGAUAGGAUACUCAUUCAUUUGAUAACGACACAAAUUAAGCGUCGCGUGUUUAUAUAUGUAGUGUCAUAAAUUUUAAGCCUUAGUGUUGUAUAAACGAUCUCACACGUUCACUGUUAUAGUGUAGUAAAACUGCCGCGAUAUUAAGGGAGUGAAAAAGAAAAGACAAGAAAUAAAAAAAAAAAAAGAUAAAUAAAAGAAAAAAAAACAAAAAAAAAACAACAAGAUUAAAUUCGUCAUAAUGUUAUUAUCGUUAAUAAUAGCAUACUUAAUUUUUUCUCUACCUCAAAACUGUAAGUAUCUUUCGAAUUUACAUGUCACGUAUAAAACAAGUACCUGCGCAAUUAUAAGUUAUAUCUAUAUCACUUGUCGGAUACGCAUAUUGAUAAUCAUCGUUUUUCACUCUCGCAAUUCUGUGUAUAGGUGUAUUAACUUGACGCGAUAUUUAUCGAAUUCUCGCUAGUCUUACAGCGAAUAACGAGAUUCAAUAAAUAGCCGCAGUUUGUGGCAAAAUUUCGAUACGUGCCGACAUCCGGACUGGAAAAUGUUGUUGAAUAAUUUAGAUCACGCUUCGUGGCUUGGAAAUCGGUUUCAAAUAUUCUCGUUGGUUUUUAUUUUUUCCCUCUUCUUGUCACAUCGCGUUAAAGAUGUUUUCUAGAAAUUGUCACAUUCCUUGAAUCGCGAAAAUUAACUAAAAAUUGCACCAUAGUCGUUUAUGAAUAACUUAAAAAAGGACUCGUGUUCUCAGAGCCACGAUUCGAUACUUUGCGGUUAUAACAAAAGUUCAGGAGCAUAAUUCGGAUCAGUAAUUAACAAUUGCUAAAAAAAAAAGUUUAUUGGUAAAAAAAAAAAAAAACAUCCGACGUUGCGAUAAAUUCUCUUAGAAGAGAAAGCACGAGUCCUAUAUAUAUAUAUUAUAUACGCCCAUAUCGAACUGUCGAUAAAUAAACAUACGUUAAACUUUGAACUAACUAGGCGAUCGUUAGGCCUUUAAUUAUAGCCAGCCGGCACAGUAUAUAAUAAUAUAAAUCUAGACGAAAACUAAUUGCGAAUUUAAAAAAACACUACAACCAUUCCAUUUUAAUAUCCGAUUAAAUAAUUGAUAUCGAAUUUCUCCAGGUAUAAUCGACCUAGUAUAAUGAUUAUAAUAUUGAACCAACUAAUUAAUUUUAUAAUAUAUCUUACAUGUAUAGAUACGUAACGUAUAAUAUGAAGCAAAAAUUAAAAAAAAAAAAAACAGACGAAAAAAGUAUGAGAUAACUGAAUAAUAAAGAGCAAAAAAAAAAAAGAAAGACAAACCGCUGAUUGUAUCUAGAUUAUAUUGUGAAGUUUUCAAAAACGCUGAUAUUAACUCGUAUCAUGUAACGGAUAAGUGAAAUUAUUACUCUAUAACGAUCACAGUUUUACAACGUAUAAAAAAUGUCUUGAAAUAUCUUUUUUAAACAGCUGACUUUACUAAGUGUAACAUCAAUAAAAUUUGGAUAGGAAAAAAAAAAAAAGAAAAAGAAAAGAAAGGAAAAUUCUAUUUCGUAAUACUCGAUCUAUGUAUAUAUUAUAUGUAGGUAUAUGUACCUAUAAUAAUCGUAAUCUAAAAUGUCAACACACCGAAUGCUAUAUUUUGUCAAAUGUGCUUCGAAACGCAUCAUAUCAAAGGACCAUGAAACAAAUGACUUGAUCCGGAGGGAUUGAAAUAUACACAUAAGUACCUUGAUUCUGACUAAUUUUUUGUUAGUUAUUUAUUCAUUUUUUUUCCAUCACUCAUCGUUUCGCUUAACUUCCGAAAGCGUUUUUGAGAAUUUCCACGAAUAUUGCCAGGAUCGGGCGUUAAAAAAUUCUGUGAUCGAAAAAUUGAUUCACAUCAAAAGUUGAGACUAAAAGAAAAGUAGAAGAAAUAGAAAUAGAAGGAGAACAAAAUAAAAAAAAAAAUAAAAAAAACAAAUCCUCAAAAUAUUCAAUCAAACUCGAUAUUAGAAUUAUACCUACCGAAUCAUUCAAAUUGAAACAUUGACGCAAUGAAGAUAUUAAUCGACGUGUAGGUAAUCCAACGCAUUGCAUCCGUGCAUUAUGAAAAUUGUUCUAAUCGUGCAUAAUUUAGUGUAAACAUGUACCUCUGAUUAACAUCGUGUAACGCAUUCCUCGCGACAUUCCGUAAUUAUGCAUUUUGUGUAUUAUACAUAGACUAUACAAUGAACACGUUACACUUACGCAUAUUGAUUCAUGUGCAACCGUACAUUACAUUGUAUACUUUUACAUUUCCAAUAAUUCUAGCUCUACCAACGCACUGUAUGAUAUAUUAUACAAUAUUACAUCGCAUUCGAUUAUACGUCUAUACGUAUACGUAAACGUGUAAUAUCUGUAUACAGUUUUAAAGUCUUUAAUUGAAUUGUUGUGCCUUUCACGAGCGUCGGCGAAAUUACCUUUCUGUUUCGUCGAUGUUGAAAGAGGAUACCAAAAAAAAAAAAAAAAAAAAAUUGAA